UAAAAAUAAAAAUAAAAAUACCACCAUUGAUGUUAAACGCGCAACAAAGGGCGGAGAGACGAUUCUCCGGCGAAUCCGUGUGCAUCUUCCACAUUCUAGAUCGAAGCAGAAGAAACUUGGAGCGCGAGAUCUCACUCCUUUGAUAACGCCUCGUUGUGUAGAGACCAGAUUUUUCAUACCAAAUCACGACGAGGUGCUUCAAUCAGCUAACACAGAUCCAUACCUGUACAUACGUAAUUGAUUUCAGGUAGGAACUAUUAUUUCUCGGCAACAUGGAUAAUAUAAUGAGCAGGAUUCGGAGUCUAGAUGCCUAUCCUAAGAUCAACGAGGAUUUCUACAGCCGAACACUCUCAGGCGGCGUUAUUACGAUAGCUUCAUCCGUCGUUAUGCUCCUCCUUUUCAUCUCAGAGCUUAGAUUAUAUUUGCAUGCUGCAACAGAGACCAAACUAGUAGUGGACACUUCAAGAGGAGAAACUUUGCGUAUUAAUUUUGACGUCACAUUUCCAGCACUUGCGUGCUCUAUUCUCAGCCUUGAUGCCAUGGACAUCAGCGGAGAGCAACAUCUAGAUGUUAAACAUGAUAUAAUAAAACAUAGACUUGAUGUCCAUGGAAAUGUGAUAGAAUCCAGGCAGGAGGGUAUUGGUUCUCCCAAGAUUGAGAAGCCUUUGCAAAGACAUGGUGGGAGACUUGAACACAAUGAAACAUACUGCGGUUCUUGUUAUGGUGCAGAAGCGUCAGAUGAUGAAUGCUGUAAUUCCUGUGAAGAAGUACGUGAAGCAUAUCGAAAGAAAGGUUGGGCAGUGUCAAAUCCAGAUUCGGUAGACCAGUGCAAACGAGAAGGUUUUCUGCAAAGAAUAAAGGAUGAGGAAGGUGAAGGAUGCAAUAUCUAUGGGUUCUUGGAGGUUAAUAAAGUGGCUGGAAACUUUCAUUUUGCUCCUGGGAAAAGUUUUCACCAAUCUGGUGUUCAUGUCCAUGAUCUGUUGGCAUUUCAAAAGGAUACUUUUAACAUAAGUCACAAGAUCAAUAGAGUAUCCUUUGGAGAAUAUUUCCCUGGUGUUGUGAACCCACUUGAUAGAGUACAAUGGAUACAAGAAGCACCUAGCGGAAUGUAUCAAUACUUCAUAAAGGUGGUACCUACGGUUUACACAGAUGUCAGUGGCCAUACUAUCCAAACAAACCAGUUCUCUGUGACCGAACAUUUUAAAAGUGCUGAAGCAGGACGUCUUCUCACCCUUCCUGGAGUUUUCUUCUUUUACGAUCUUUCACCAAUUAAGGUGACUUUUACUGAGGAGCAUAUUUCAUUUUUACAUUUCCUCACAAAUGUUUGUGCCAUAGUGGGAGGUGUGUUCACUGUUUCAGGAAUAUUGGAUUCAUUUGUAUAUCAUGGUCAAAAGGCAAUCAAGAAAAAGAUGGAAAUUGGUAAAUUUAGCUGAUGAGACAGAUAUAUGACAUCAUCUACUCUCUGGUUUUCCUUCUACUUUCUCGGAUACAACUUUGGACUCUUUUGGCUUACUACUGAACCAGAAGGACCACAACACCUUCUUGGAUUUGCAUGUCCAGUCCAUACCUGAAAUUGCGUUUUGACCUACCUGUAACAUUAAUUGAAUUAUUGGCCUCAAGUUGUUCUAGAACAAUCCUUUAUUUUUACACUAUUUUCACUAGAUACAUUUUUGUUGUUUAUUUUUUUUUAUCAGAAUUGAUUUUUUCAGUAAUGAAUUUUGUCAUAAGUUCAAAUGUUUGGUUU